UUUUUUUUUUGUGUGUGUGUCGGAACACUUCCUUCUACGUUUUCGGCACUCAGAACCAAAUAUGACGACUGUAACGAAUAAUGGUUAUCGUCCAAAUGCAUUUUAGUCGAAAAACAACAACAAAAAAAGAGGAUAAAUGGUGGACUCUCCAUGAGAGGGGCUGGAACUUUGAUCAUAAAAGCGUUUUCAGGCAGGCAGUUGCUAGGCUGAUUAGUAAUCCGAGAGCUGGACGGUUGCCAUGAGAGCUCGAGAGCUUUGCAACAACAACCCCCACACACUGCCAUAUAAGGUCAACGGGAAUCCGCUGCGGCAAGCCCCUGUUUGUGUUGUAUGUAGGUGAAGGGUGCUUCAAGGCAGAAACGGGCGGAUCAGCGAGCGACCAGCACGGCGAGUCUUAGGCGCCGCAGACCAGAUAGUGGGAAUAAAUGAGAACGGGUUCUUGCAGUUAACUUCGGGGAAAGAGUUAAAUCAUAGGUGGGAGGGCCUGGAUUCGCUUGCGAUAUGGAGGGAGGGGGCUGGGGUCUCCAGGUGCAUUUGAAGGUUAAUGUUGCCUGUUUUUCAAUGCGAUGGAGUUGCCUGCGAGAUAAAUAGCAGGGCACAAAAACCCGGCUGUGGGUUCAGAGGCCUGUUAACUGCGCAUUUAUUGAAUAGUUUUGUGUUCGGAGCAGUGAAAAUGUCACUUUUGGUGGACAGUUUUGUGUCGAAACCCACCAGUGAAGGUAUUUAUAGCCUUGUAUUUGCAGGGGAAAAAAAAGCAGGGAGGAAAAAAAAAAAAGUGCCCGCUCGCCAGCGCCGCUCAGUUUACCGCUGACAGACUGGAAUAUUCCACACAGGGGAUUGGCCUCUUUUCCGCAGGACAGCUGUCUCACUCUCUCUCUCUUUCUCUCUCUCUGCUCGGCGACAAAUAUUUCAAGAAUUGUUCUCUGUUUAUUGAUAAAGGGCUCAGUGCGUGUGGACAUUCUAGGACACAUUUACAGACCACCUUUUUACGCAUAUGUGAAGCUUCGAGUUUCACUCUGUAAGUCAUGCAAGCACGUUUUAUUGUUUAUUAGACAGGGUUUUUUCCCCCACAGCUUGAAAUGGAGCCUUACAGGGAUAAUAAUUUAAAGCUGCCAGGUUGUACUGAACAUGUACUUAAAGCUGUAUAGUUUUAUUGAUCCAGUGUGUUACUAGUAACUUGUGAUUUUUAUAUUAAUGGUGUUGUAUGUAGGUUUAUUUUUUGUGACUUAAUCAUUUGUUUUUGUUUCACUAUACAGUUUUUCUUGUAGCCUCAUUAGUUGUAUGUUUAUGGCGUUUAAAUAAAGACUGUACACUCAUUUUGGAGUUUUGUGCUAUUUUAUGUUUUAUAAAAUAUUUUCAGGCCCAUACUUGAGAAAGGAUUGCAUCACCCAAAUGUAAUAAAUUACACAACAUGUGCAGGGAACAUUACUUCAGAUACAGGCUGACAUUGUUGGAUCAAUAAUGUACAAGUCAUCAUUUAUAAGAUGCUGAAAAUACCUUUUUCAGAUAAUACACAUUUAUAACACAUCAUUCUAAAGGGAUAGCUUCUUCUACUAGCUGUCUUCUAACAUUAAUCUUGAAAUGUAACUUUACAGCCUACCUCAGUUUCAGCUGAAAUGCCUUCAUGUUAAGUAAACUGGUCCAUUCAAGAACAUUUUGGUAUGUUCUGAUGAUGAACGCUCACUCCCUGUGAUCUACUCACUCUACCCCAGCAGAUUGUCUUGUUCUGUAAUCCUCAUCAGUUAAAGCUUUUCCAAAAUUGUUUUUGAAAAAUAUACUUCACUUUUAGAGCACCGUUAAUUACAUUUACUGUCCUGAUGAAAUAUAUAUAUAUAUUUUUUUGGAGCAAUGAGUGAUUGUUUAUGCCUAUUGUGCAGUGAUACCUCCCUAAUGCGAGGUAUCAGCUAGACCAUGUCUGCCUCAGGGUUUCACACAUUAACCCAUGACUAAAACUCAUGACACACUGAUUAUUUUGUUCAAUACGCCUCAAAAGUACCUUCUCAUUUUGACCUGGUGAGACGCUGAAACUUGUUUUGUAAUGUUGGUUGCAAAAUAUAAGCCGUUUAUGGCUGCAUAAACUCAAGUCCUCUGAAGACUUGGUGGAUGACUCAUGAUUUUUCUCGCCCCAAGAUUCAACCUGAACAUGAGAAUGGACCACUUAGGGUUUAGGUUAGUAUCAUCUGAAUUAAAAAAAACAACCUUUUUGAUUAUCGUGACUCAACAUUUAAAGGAAUUGUUUAAUUUGAACAAUAUUUUAGAGUUGAAUCGGAGGGAGUUCUAGGUUGGGGACAAGGUAGCCUUCCAACCUCAGAGACUUGCAGUUAUUCGCCAAACAAAUCUUCAGAAAACCAGUGGAAACAUGGAAAACAGCUGGUCCACAGUUGUGGAAAGAUUUGAUUGCUGUAAUGCCAACAAAAAAAUGUUUCCAUUGAUUGUUGAAGGGGGUUUGAAUUGUUUUCAUCAAGUCAAUUUUUAUGAAAUGUAAAUUGAUUCUUUUUUUAAAUGACUCUCUUUUUCCAUUUACCUGUUGAGCAGUGGCGUCUCAUUUAUCAGAAGGAAACUUCCUUGUUGAAUGGAAAUAACUGAAGAUGUAAAUCUGAAACUCAGCUGAACUUAAAAUAUACAAACACAUCAAGUAUAACGUUUUGUAUCCUCGUUCUCUUCAACAAAUCCCGCCUACUGGUGAUAUAAACAGUGAAGUCAAAUUAGACUUCAGUUUCUUCUCCUGCCCCCACAUGUACAACAACAGUUUUGAAGAAGGUGUGAGGUUAUUACACUCACUGUCCUCACUUUUCUGAACCACAGAGGUAGGGAAUGGUUUUAUAGUGAUGCCUGUGCAAACAAAAGCCUGUCCGAAAGCAUUUAUGGUUUUGGGUUAAGUGCUAUCUUCCCUCCUUACAAAUUGCCACUCAGUGGAGGCUGUCCCUCACUUUGAGCCCACACCCACAGGAUGAAAUAAGCAGAAGAGGAAGUAGGAGUAGCCAGUCUUGGUGACUAUACAUGUGCAGUUCGGCUGCAGGCUUUCUGCAGCUCUCUGUGAGCAUGCCUGUUGAUGGGACAGGAGAGAAGUGCAGGGGGGGACAGUUGGAAACGGCGUCAUGUUGACAGGAAGAGGAAGUGGUGAGCUGUUUGAACUACCUGGUAAACCAUGAGACAUGCCUGUUCCUGUCUCUGUGAUCUCAACUCGAUCCAAAUGUAGAGUUACCUGUUUUCACAAAAUCUCUCACUAAAAUCUGGAGCGAGCGCCUUCUUGCCUCGUACUGCCUGGCACGCAUUUGAGUGUUUCGAGGGAACCAAAACAUGACACAAAACGGUGCCGGACCCGGCAGCGGUUCCACAAAAAAGGUAGAAGAACUUAAAAUUGUGAUUGUGGGAGAUGGAGGCUGUGGGAAAACUUCUCUUCUGAUGGUUUAUGCCAAAGGUGAUUUUCCAGAGAAAUAUGCGCCAUCAGUGUUUGAAAAGUAUGUCACAACUAUCUCCCUGGGAGGAAAAGAGAUACAGCUCAACCUGUAUGACACAGCCGGACAAGAUGACUAUGACAGACUGAGGCCACUGUCGUACCAAGAAGCUAAUCUGGUUUUAAUCUGCUUUGAUGUGACCAACCCUACCAGCUUUGAGAAUGUUAUGAUCAAGUGGUACCCAGAGGUGAAGCACUUCUGCAGGGGCACACCGGUGAUCCUGAUUGGCUGCAAAACUGACCUCAGGAAGGAUAAAGAGUGUUCAAGGAAAUUGAAGGCCAUGAAUCUGAAUCCCAUCACAUAUGUUCAGGGCGAGGAGACUCGGCAGGAGAUGAACGCGGAGCUCUAUCUCGAGUGUUCGGCCAAACAUCAGGAGAACGUGGAGGACAUUUUCAGAGAGGCGACAAAAAGAGCUCUGGCCUUCAACCGAAAACAGAGGAACAACAAGAGGAAGAAAAAAUGUCUUAUUCUGUGAAGAUACAAACUUUCAGGAUCCCACGCUCUUGCAGGCAAUUGUUAGAGGAUCCUUUGCUAUGUUCAACGCAUUUGGACACUUGAGAUGGCAAAUAUAAUUUGCGUCCUACAGAUAUGAAAGUAAAAAAAAAAAAACCCUGAUAGGAUGUGUGUUAUGAGCACCCCGGAAGGCCUGUUAGUAAUCUUCAACAGCGCAACAAAAAUUGCGAUUGCUGCAGCAGGAAGGGCAGUUUUGCAAGUUGUAAUGACAUUUUCUAAUGUAGCAUACAAGACACUUCUUGUAUGCAUUUUAUACUUUUUGUGUUUAUGUACAAGUAUUUUUUUCCUGAAAGUAUUUUGCACAACUGCAGAAAGUUGUCUACAUCUAUUUAUUAAUGGAAAUCUUCAGUUCUUGAGCUGAAAUUCGUAGGCAACAUAAUUCUACAUAGAAUAGUUGUUGGUUGUCUUUAUGUAAAGGUACUGUAACUUUAAAGUAGCACUGGUUGGCUACCAACAUGGCCACAUUAGACCGCUUAGUAAUUCUUAACUUUACCAACAGCACCCACUUGAGGCAGAAAAUAAACUCGCAAGCGCUAUGAAUAUUCUAAAAUUAAACGCAAACAUUGUCUGGAUCUUCACAUAAA